AUGGCCUCGAUUUCAUCAAUGGCUGCUGCCCUUCGCACAGCCAGAUUACCAACCACAAUAUUGGAAAAAUAUGCUGCAACCACUGUCACCAGUAAUGUUCUCGCCGUCAUCCCUCGCUGCCUCUCAGUAAGAAUUCGUCACUCGUCAUCGUCAUCCUCCUCCGGAUCGUCAACGGGCGCUUUGGCCUACAAAGCUCUUCAUCGUCGUAUAAACCCUCUCCCAACCUCAGAGCCCCCCGCUUGGUCUGCUUCCGCCGCCGUUUCCUCAAUUCUUUAUGAGACACCCCUUCCUUCUUCUGCUCCGCCAAAAAGACAUGUUCUCAAUUGUCUUGUUCAGAAUGAACCUGGCGUUCUCUCUCGAGUGUCGGGAAUCCUUGCGGCACGUGGUUUCAAUAUUGACUCAUUGGUGGUCUGCAACACUGAAGUACCGGACUUGUCCCGCAUGACCAUCGUUCUUAGUGGCCUUGAUGGUGUUGUUGAACAGGCUAGACGACAGCUAGAAGAUCUUGUUCCUGUCUGGGCAGUGCUUGAUUACACUGCAGCACCUCUUGUCCAGCGGGAGCUCUUGCUCGCCAAGAUCUCUAUCUUAGGCCCAGAGUAUUUCGAAGAACUACUUGCACAUCACCGGGAGAUUACAGCAGAGGGUGGAGACUCUGGAAGGGCUGAAAGUUCGAACAAGGAUAGUGAUUAUCAUCCUUCGAAGCUUCCAAUUUCCCAGGCAUUAAGGCACAAACAUCAGCAUCUUCAGGCUAUCACACAAUUGACUCACCAGUUUGGAGGAAAGAUUUCAGACAUAUCUGAAAACAAUUGUAUUGUUGAACUUGCUGGGAAACCCUCCAGGCUUGAUGCAUUCAUGAAGCUUAUCGCCCCUUUCGGUAUUCUCGAAUCUGCUCGAACUGGUCUCAUGGCACUUCCUCGCUCACCCCUGCACACACACUCAGAGGAUCUCGAAGUUAAAGAUGCCGGUGAUGUUGUUGAUGCUAGCUCUCUCCCCCCCGGUUAA